AUGAAACAGACAAAGACAGGAUUCUUAUAUAAGAAGGGAUCACUGGGCAGGAAGUGGCAGAAGAAAUGGUUCUCAUUGAGCAUCGACAGCAAGCUCUCAUAUCGCAAGGGUCCACAUGAUACACAAAAGAGUUCAAGAACAAUAUCAUUAGCAAGAUCAAUCAUAAAUCCAGCAGAGGUCAAUGGCAAAGAGUAUUGCUUUGUUAUAGUGACUGCAGAGAGAGCAUUUCAUUUAUGUGCAGAGAAUAGAUUCGAGUAUGAUGAUUGGUUCAGAAGGAUACAGGCUCAUUCAAGUGUGUACGCAGAGAAUCUAUUGAUGGAGGAGGCCGAGUAUUAUAUCAAAGAGUCAACAUUCAAGCGAUCAAAUCUCGACGAUGACUUCCUCACCAAACAAGACAUUAUAUAUCAACAUCUCAGACAGCCUAUACAUCAUCCACUUACUCCAAUAGCAGGGCUAUGUCAAUCUAAUCCACAGACUCAGACUCAGGGUCAGACUCUGGGUCAUGGUCAUGGUCAGGGUCAGGGUCUGGGUCAUACACAUGGACAGUCAACUCAUCAUCAUGGUCAUGGUCAUAGUAGACAUAGUCAUCAUGGGAUUGCUCAUCGGCAUAAUCAGAAUCGUCACGCCCAGAAGUUCACAGUUGGACAGAUACAAUAUAGUGAGGAGAAUGAGGUCGAAGGGAAGGCCGAGGGCACUUCCAACAUAUCCUCUCAGCCUGAAGAAUCAGCAACAACUACAACUACAACACCAACGACAACACCAACGACACCAACAACAUUAACAACACAAACAACAACGACAUCAGCUUCAAUGACAGUUGAGUCAACGACAUCAACAUCUUCACCAGCCCUGGCAUCAUUGUCUACAAUGGAGAUGUUGGAGAUGACAACAACAACAUUACGGACACAAGCCAGUGUUGCACCUAGUCAUACUCCAACACGACGCCCUCAUGCAUUCACAAUGGCAUCACCAUCACAUCUUGUAUCACUCUCAUUCUCUUUGCCAUCAUUUCACCGAUUCAAGGGUGGCAAUCCACUGGCUCAAUCACUCGACCUUGAAAGGCCACAAUCAAACAUCGAUGAUGACUUCGUUGUCAUAGAUGGAGGUGAUAACAACAACGAUAACAACAACAAUAACAAUAGUAGUAACAACAACAACAAUACAACAUGGGUAUCAUCACAUGACAAUACAGGAAAUAAUCAAACAAAUAGUACAAGGAGUACAAAGCCAAGAAGUGACAGUGUAGUAGGUGGACACAAGAGCACAGAGCUGAGGAAUCUCAUCAGUCUCAGCAGGAGUACCAGUCUAGGUGACAUUAUCAUCAACAACAACAACAACAACAAUGUCACUGGUGCAGGUGCUGGCAACAACAAAGAUAGAGGCAAUGGAAACGCCAGCAAUGUAAAUAGUAGUGGAGUCAGCGGAGACAGCGGAGGCAGUGGCAGGAGCAGCAACAGUAAAAGCAAGAGUAAGGACAAAGAUAAAGACAAAGACAAAGACAACAAGGACAAAGAUAAGGAUAAGGAUAGCGGCAGUGGGAAGAGUACAAAGAAGUCUCGGAGUCUCAGUCUGUCAUUCAAGAAGAAGAAGUCUGUAACAUAA